AUUAACUCCAGCUAAGAUUACAUAUUCCAGUUUGUUGAAAAUUUUGAGAAGUGCGAGUUACAUGUUGUCAUUGCAAGAGGUUAUGUUUAAAUCUUACGAAAUAAUUCUGUAUUUCAUACAUAAUAUUUAAAUGUAUUCACUUAUUUACAAUUCUAGUUUAGUAAGAAGCAAGAGUCAACGUAUUUUAUAGCUGUUAAUUAAUUUAUGAAUAUUUUGCAAUACGCCAAUCAAGUCUUGACAUGUCCAAUACGACCAACUCUAAUGGAAUCUCAAUUGAAUUUAAUAACGACAUUGACGACGAAGAUGACAAUGUGGGAAAUACUCCAGAUGUACCUAUGAACAGUAAAAUCCUUGUAUCAAAUGAGACAAAACCUCAAUCAGUUUGCAUUGUCUCAAAACCUAGCAUUUCUACUCCAGUUAGUAUACUAAUAGAGUCAUUAAUUAAAAAAAUUUGUAUGAUAUAUGAGACUGAUAAUCAACAGGCUGAGAUUAUGUACAAAGUUAUUUGUGAUAAAUUGUAUGAUAUGAAUCUUAUUGGAGAGAGCUACACAAUGAACGAAUUCGAAAGCAUCCGAAGUCAGUAUCAAAGAGCUUUAUUACAUCUUUUGGCUUCAGUUAAAAAUGGUGACAAAAACUUGCCAAUUAGUCCUAUUUGGCCAAAGUCGGAUUUUAAUUCUCAUUAUCAUAGAGAAUUUGAGGAAGUAGAGUAUAUCGCAGGUGGUGGGUUUGGACAGGUAUAUAAAGUGAAACAUAAAUUGGAUGGUACGGAAUAUGCAGUUAAGAAAAUUCCAAUUUUAUCUGAAGGCAUUCAGUCUGUUAGGAACUACCUUUCUGAAGUAAAAACAUUUGCCAGUAUGAAUCAUUCCAAUAUUGUUCAGUACAAAGGAGCUUGGUUGGAAAUUGGGCCACCUAAAAGUAAAGCUAUUGUUCAUAAAGACACAGAAUCAUUUACAUCAGCUUCACAUCAAACUGGAUAUAUAUACCAUAAAGACACCUCGCAAUCUUUUACUAAGAAUGAUGAAGAUAGUACCGAUUUUCAAAUUGAUUUUGAGCAUAGUGUCAGUGGAGCUAGUUCUGUGAAGUCGAAGGCAUCAAGGAAAAAGCGGAAGAGUCUUUCAGAAGGAGAAGAAGAAAUGGCGGUGUGUAAACUAGAUUUAAAGGAAAUAGAAAGGAUCAAAGCUAUAAACAAGACAAAAGUAAAAUGGGCUACACUUUAUAUACAGAUGGCGCUGUGCCAAAGUACAUUAAAACAGUGGCUGGAAAAAAGAAAUUGCGUUACUGAUCCUAAUAAGGCUGUAGUCCCUAAAAACGAACAAAUAAUUAGGAACAACAGUAUUAACCAGAUUCUGAUUCAGUUAUUGAAUGGAUUAGAGUACAUUCACUCGAAAGGUAUUGUUCAUCAUGAUAUUAAACCGAGUAAUAUCUUCAUCCAAGUAGAUAAUGGUAAAAUUUUAAUUCAGUUGGGAGAUUUUGGAUUGGCUUGUCCUUUACAAAGUGUGCGACAUAGUCUAGCUUUCGGAACCAAACUGUAUGCUGCUCCUGAACAGUUAGCAGGAAAAUGUGAUAAGAAGAGUGAUAUGUAUUCUUUAGGGAUUGUCAUCUUUGAAUUGGUAGAAAAUUUCAAUACAGACAUGGAACGUGUUCGAUACAUCACUGAUCUACGUAAAGGACACAUUCCAUCUAACGUAUUGGUCACAUAUCCUCAUAUGUCGGAAAUUAUACAAAAACUGAUGAACAAAAACCCUGAUCUUCGACCUGAUACUACUACUUUAUUGGAAACAUUAAAAUGUAACGAAAAUGAACAAAUAGGACAACUGAAGAUGCAGCUUGCAGAAAAGGAUGAAGAGAUACUACAUUUGAAGGAAUUGCUCAAAAUGCACGGGAUUAAAAGCCUGGUUGGUCACAGUACUAUUUUUUAAAAUUGAGUGUUUUAAGGAUUAUAACUAUUGAAACAGUUACAAUCAACAAAGGCUCUUAUAAUAUUUAUCAGAAGAAACAUUUAUCCAUCUGAAUAAAUAUUCCAAAUAAAUGUCAAAUUGUGAAAUAUGUAUAUAAUAGUAUGUGUAUAUACUGUUCUGAAAGUACAUUUUUUGUUUUUAUGUGUUAAUCAUUAUUUAAUUUCUCUUCGAAUGUACUAGGUGUUUCUAAAUUCAUAAGGUGAUAUUCCUUAUUAAAAUAUGAUCGACUUGUAACAAAAUUCCUUUGGUCUCAACCCCCUUCUGAGAUAUAAUUUUUCUCUAAAAUGAAAGUGCAUAACUUGAUUUUGUAAUUUACAUGUAUUAACCACUAUUUUUUCACUUUUAUUACAUUAUUGGUGGGUCAAAUUAGCAUCCCUCGACUGAUUCAAUAAGGUAUCAUAUUUUUUUAUUCAAUUUUCUAUUAUAAAUUAUUCAAAAUCUCUGUUUAUUUCAGAACAUUUGUUUUUUUUUUUAUUAAAACCAAUAGAAUCAGUGAAAAAAUAAUUUUUAUUAUUCAUCAAUUUGUUUUAGGGAAAUAAUAUCUAAAAAAACAAAACCCACCAUGUAGAUGUGUUCUAAUAAUAAAAAAAUAAUAAUAAUUCUUUCUUCCAUUUAAUUUUUUUAACUCUUCCUAAAUAAUAUUUUCGAGUUUCAUCACCUCCAGCAUCACAGGAACUGUCUUCUUGGUUUAUAUUUUACCUAAUGGAUCACAGUUCUUAGACCGUAGCGUCAUCUUCAGCUUGAGGAGCUGUUUCCAUUACUGCCUCUGUGAUUGCUUCUACUCCAUUUUCUUGCUCAGGCUCGGAUUCAUGUGUAAUGUCUUCCUCUUCAGAAUCACUGGAGUCAACAUUUUCCUCAUCACUUUGUAACGCAUUUCACAAAACUGUAAGCAUUUUCUGCUCAUUUUCGUAGCUGUGUCUUUUUAUCUAAACAGUAAUAAAAAUUAAAAAAAUCAUUAAUAAAUGCAAAUGAUAACAAAAUAACAGCAAUAACGACAAAAGUCAAAUAACUUAGCUUGUUAAAAGCUAAAUUAUACUCAGAAUGGUAGGGUGACAAUGACCCAAGUAACUAACAAGUAUAUCAUCGCAGUCUAGACACUGGCAGCUCCAGUUGCUGAAAAGAGGAGGAACAUAAGUGCAAACACUGUGUAAUCUAUGAUUAAAAUUUUGUUCAGUUGAUUGUCACCCCACCACUCACGCAUCGGGUUAACAAUCAUUUUUUUCAAAGGAUUUUUUGAGAUCUUGGAGUAGUUAUCAGCUGUUUCGAAAUAGUCCUUUUUGUCCAUUGUUCAACCUUGAACCAUUUAUCUAUUAUUGAAUGAAAACAAUUACUUUUCUUCAAACCUUCGGCAAUGUUAAAAUAUUUUCUUAUUAUGGUCAAGGGAUGCUUAUUUCUUCCCCUUAAAAAUAUGAGGAAUUAAAAACAGUACACUCCAAUUUGAGAAAAAUGUCUUAUUCUCAAUAAAUUUCAAGAGUGAUAUCUUAAAAAGGGUUGAGAGAAAAAAAGUUGUAUUAAGGGCAACAUUUAUCAUAAUUUUAUACAGGCAUGAAUUUAUAAACACCUUGUAUAUAAUAUUCUUGAUUUGUGGUCUAUUUAAAUAGAUAACAUUGAUUUUAUCAAUAGAAGUAAUUUUUGACGGUUUGGUCCAACUAUUUAACAUUUUAGUUGUUAUUGAUUUUGAUUGAUCAAUUUCUAAAUUGAAGCCACAGUGAGCAUCGAUUAUCCAGAAUAAUUGCUGCAUGUCAGUGUCCGGGAAAUUGAAAUUCCGGAUAACUGAUUUGGACUCGAUUUUAAUUUUAUUCACACUGUAAUAUGUAAUGUAAUUCAACUAUUUAAUCAAUAUAUACACCGCAAACAUAGGAUUUUUAAACAGAAAACAGCAAAUAGAAUUUACAUAACGCCUUUAAUUAACCUAAACACAAAAAUGGCAAUAUACAAAGUCAUUGUGGAACCUAUUUUAACGUUUGGAUGUGAAUACUGGAAACUAAUAGAUAGGAGAAAAAUAUAGAGGCUGUGAAAAUAAACUACUUAAGAAGAUUGGGCAGGAUAUCUAGAACAGAGUAUAUGCAGAAUGAAGAUAUUUGAAGAAGAACAGGUCGACUUCAGAUAGAAUACAGACUAAGUAACUGCUCUGGUACCGUCUGGUGACGAGGAUGAAGCAGAACAGGUGGCCGAAGAAAGCAUUGAUGUAUCAACCGCAAAAUAGAAGGAGACGAGGAAGACCUUCAAGGACCUGGAAGGAAACAAUUGCACAAAAUAUGAAAGACAGAGUUAUCCAGGAAAACGAUUGGAUAUAUAGAAAAGUGUAGCGUACGAAAUGCGGGAUGCGGCAAAGAAAGCUAUAAGACCCCCGCUGUGUAUAUACCUUUAAUUAUGUAAAUUACAGUACUGUAGGUUUGAGGAUGCUGACAAAUGAAAUCAGAUAUUUUUUUGCUUAAGACUACUUCUAACACGUUUUUUUGCAGCUAAAUCUCUUAGUCUUUUUUAGGACAAAAGCUGAAUGGUGUCACACUCAGCUUGACGCUCUAGCCACUUCGUAGCUUUUUCCAAACAAGUAGAUAUCUCAUCGGGGGUCUGAACAUCGUUUUCUACCCCAGUGUCUUCUCCAUCCUCCUCUUCCUCUCCUACUUUCUGAUUAUCGUUCUUUAAUUCUUUAUCUGCUGCACAAUUUCUUCAUCAGAAAAAAUCUGAUAAUCAGGAUCGUCGACGUCGCAAUUUAACCAAUCGCUUAUAUUGGCAUUGUCACACUCCUCAAAACCUGGUGCUUCUUUGAUAAUUUCUCUUAUUCCAUCCGGAUCAUCACUUACUUGUGGUUCUUGAGGAUCAUCCUCAUGUAGACGGCGUCUUUUAAAUUCAAUUUCUUGUUACUGCUUAGCACAGAUUCUGCUCCAUUCUCCAUAUUUAGAAGCAGCAUUUGAAACAAUUGCUGUCUGUAGAAGCUUUUAAAUGUUUCCAUCACACCCUGGUCCAUUGGUUGUAGGACUAACGUCACAUUUGGUGGAAGAAACAACACAUUGAACUUAGUGAGUUGGUGCAUUAUCUUCAAGUAAGAGCAUUUUACCGAUUGAACCUGUAUUUGGUGGGUGUUUUUCCACGUGUGGGGUAAAAACGUUCUUAUACCAGUUACCAAAAAUCUGUUUCCAUCCAGUAAUUGUUUUGAUUUUUGUAUACAAUAGAGAGCUUGCUUAUGACUUUAAAACAUAUAUGCUGCUUUGCUUUCCCAAUAAUAAGCAGCGGGAGCCUUGAUCACCAGUAGAGUUAGCACAAACCAAGGGUGUAAUGCAGGCAUUUUUGGCUUUGUACUCAGACGCUGCAGUUUCCCUUUUGGAACCAAGGGACUUGGUUGGUAGCUUUGACCUGUUUCGCAUUGUCAAAACAACCAGCUAUGCAUAAUUCAUUAAAUGACUUCUUUAAAUUUUCGGCAGAUACUAUAACCAUCUGACAGUCUCUCACCUUGUAUGUCUAGCUCCCUUAUCCCGUGCCCGGAUUUAAAGCGUUGAAACCAGCCAGUUGUCGCUUUAAAAUUAGGAUCACCUUUCAUUUGGUUUACCUGUAGUGCUUUUUCACAAAUGAUCGGUUCGUUAAUUGGUUGUCCUUGACUUCUAAUUUGUAUAAACCAAGUAUACAUUGCCAAGUACGGCUCAUGAUUGUCUGCUGAUUUCAUCGAUUUUCUUAUUGUACUCUCAUCUUUACUGUCUAGUUUGGAUGCAUAGUCUUUGAUUGUUUGACGCUGCCUUUUGAUGUCCGAAAUCGUAGAGGUGCCUACCUUGUACUGCCGCGCUAAACUAGCCCCGCUUACGCCACGAUCUAGCUCUUCCAAUAUUUUUUCUGCAAUUGACAAAGCUAGCUACACGUUUACGUUUAGUCGACAUCACUUACAACGAAAACAACUUAAUUUAUCAGUAAAUUUAGUACAAUAUGUAAUCACAAAAACACAAUCACAACUUAACCAGGAAAUGUAAGAUUGUCGACUGAUAAAAUGAUGGGAUUACGGGCGUUCCUGAACAGCAACGAGCUAUUUUUUUUUUCUAAUUUUUAACCAACGAACGUCCCGAGGAUCAGUAUUCGGAUAAUUGAUGCUCUACUGUAUUUUACAUUUUAGUUCAAUUUUAGCCGUUAUUGAUAUUUACCAAUAUUGAUUAAUUUCUAAACUGAAACUAUAAUCAAAAUGUUUGUCUAAUAAAUGAUAUCCAAAGCAAUAAUGAACAAUUUUCUCUACGUUUAUUGAUUCUCGGUUUCAGUACUGGAUCCUUAUUGGAUUUUUUACUUUAGGUAUUUGUGAUGUUUCUUGUGUUUUUCCUGAGUUUUGUAUUGAUUUUAGUAUCUCAAAAAAUCUUUGGUUGUCAAUGUUUUGAUAUUUCUAUUCUGGAUAACUCACAGUAAUUAUUUUUUAUUUUCAUUUUCAAGUAGCCUAUCAUCUGGUGAAUAUUUCAAGGGAUUUAUCACACUAACAACUGUUUGUUUAAAAUAUUUGGCUGUUUCAGUACUUUCCAUAGUUUUUGAGUAUAGUUAAAUCAAAUAGAAUUCUUUGGGUUCAUUUUAACUUUUUGCAAUUACUUUUUUUUAUAUCAUCACACGCGGAAAUUCAUCGAAACCUCUCACGAGGAUUCAAUUUUUUUUCUAAUUUUCAACCAAUGGACGUCUGGAUAACUGAUUUUCGGAUAAUUGAUGCUUUAAUUUAUAAUCAAACUUUUGUCUAAUAAAUGAUAACCAAAGCAAUAAUAAUCAAUUUGCUCUAACUACGUUUAUUGAAUGUCUGUUUCAGUACUGGAUCCUUAUUGGAUUUUUUCUUUUUUUUUACUUUAGGUGUGUGUGAUGUUUAUUGUGUUUUUCCUGAAUUUUGUAUUGUUUCUAGAAUCUCAAAGAAUCUUUGGUUGUCAUUGGCUUCAAGUAGCCUAUCAACUGGCGAAUAUUUCAGGGGAUUUAUCACAAUUUCUCCAUUUUGUUGGGAUCUUUGGAUUUAUCUUAACUUUUUGCAAUUAUUUUUUGGGGCAACUGCAACUCCUGUGCCUGGUAUCUACUAGUUUUGAGAGAUUACCAACCGAGUCAAUAUUUUUUUUUCUUUUCAUUGUUUGAUGUUAUACGUUUAUUAUAAUGAAUAAAGGGGACUUUGGGUGGUUAUUUAUUUAAAAAAAUAUACGCCAGAUCUUAAACCAGCUAAUAAAAAACGCAGAUUGUUAUCACAUCAACUUUCGUUUUAGUGUUGAUUUUCCCUUAAAAAAAUUAAGUUGGAAUUUUUUAAAACGUUGGUAAUAUUUAUACCCAACACACUAUUUACACCAACACACAAUUAUACUGUUUGACACGUUGUCGUCUUCAGAGACUGAAGGUAAACUAAAACCUAAUGACUUAACUUCUUAUGUUGGAUACAAUGAAAAUAAUCAGUCUGGAGUGUAACUGCACGUAGCGGUAUUUUUCCUAAAUACAUCAAAUUCUAGCUUAUUCGUAUUCCUAAUUACUAAAGUAUCUAAAAAUGUUAACUGUCCAUUGUUUUCCAUUUCAUAGGUGAACUUCAUACAUGAACAUUUUGAAUUGGAUUCCAAAAUGAAUUCGUCUACGUUUCCUUUCUUUAUAUGAAAUAUAGCGAAAACAAGAUCCAUCAUAUCAUCAUAGUUUAGUCUCUGAAGACGACAACUUGGUUAUCGAAACGCGCGUCAGACAGUGUAAUUGUGAGUAGUUGAGUAAACAGUGUGUCCAAACUAAUGUUUUUCAUUUCCUAUUAUUUUGAAACUUAUCAGUUUUACAAAUUUUAUAAAAAUUAUUUUUGCUGCCAGCUGUGCCAUAAGAAUUACACCAACAAAAAAUAUCUUUUGAGUGGCUCAAUUUAAAUGAUCAUCGACUGUUUUGCCAUUUUAUCACUUUAUUGAUAUAUUCUCCGCUUUAAAUUUCUUCAUUGUACAUUAUUAUGAAAUAUUAAAUUUUCAUAUGUAUUCUAAUUUGUUAGGAAACCAAAAGCAUUAAGGAAACGCUAUUAAGUGGUCAAACAAGUACUCAUAGAUUUUCUACAAAUAGACACAGUUGGAAAACCACAAAAAUAUGUGAGUAGUAAUCAGCGUUUCCUUUUAAAGACAAAAAUGCAUUUUAUUUAUAAAUUCAUUCAUUAAUAAGAAUUCUGUGUAUUCCAAAAAUAAUAAAAGGUGACUAGUCUGAUAAUGGUUGUGUUCUAUAAGCCUAUUAAAGUAGAUGUUAAUUGGGUAAUUUUUAAUAAUUUUAAAUCAUCGAUGGUCAUCUGCAUGUUACAUGCUACUUAUUGUUCCAUUAUUUGAAUCAUUGUGUAAAACGAAUUAUUUAAAAUUCCAACCGUCAAUAUUUAAAUUUAUUACUUUACGUCAUACUUUUCAUACAUUUUUUUAAAAAUAUUACUCUAAUAAUAAAAUCACUUAAUCCGUGAUUAUGAAACAGUUCAUUUGACUAUUACUGUAUAUAUAUAUUCGUGGAUUUUUUACUCUAAUUAUUUGUAUUCUCUUUUAAAAUUUUAAUUUUUAGUUUCAAUGUUCACUCUGUAUUUCCAUAUACCGCCUCCAGUAUUAAUUUUUUAUUUUAAAUUGAUCCAAGUUGUGGAAAUUUUUAAUAAUUAAAUGAAAUUUUAAAUAAUUCGUAUUAAUAGUUUCGCUAUAUUUAUUUCCAGUUAGUGAUCAUCAAACUAGUUUAGGAAGACAGAAAAAAUACCUUCUAACCAAUACUGUAUAUUUAACUAACAAAUCAGAUGUGUUUAUAUUUUUAUAUGAAAUUGUACAGUUGUGUUAACUAUUUUGUACAAUUUAAGUAAAUGUGUUGGUUAAAAUAUGGUAGGCGGUCGCAGCACGAUUAAAAAAAGAUAAUUUUUAAUUUUUUUGAGUCUGGAAAUUUAAUUGUAAAUGAACAUAGACAAUUUUUACUAAUAUUUAUAGGAAUAUGAAAUUUAAUCAACUUGUAUAUCAACUGAAAAGCUGGCUUCGAUUUAAAUUAGGUCAGAACAACUUCUACUUUUCAUACACAAUUUUUUUCCAAAUUUCUUUUUUUUUUUUGGCAAAUAUACAUGAUUCUCCAUGCCAUUUUCCUAUUGGGAUUUAAAAACUUUUUAAAAUUUUGAAAGUUUAUUGUCAAAAACUAGUUAAAUGGUUCGAAAAUAUUCAUCGAUUCAAAGUUACAAUCGAUGUCUCAGAUUUGUGGAUCUGAAGACUUUAAAAGUAGAUAGUUGGGUUAUAUUACACUAGUUUAUGUAAUUUUUUUAUUUGUUUCAAUAUGCCAAACUUCACUUUUAAGUGUUGAACACUGAGGUAUUCACUUAUCGGUAUACCAACGUUGUAUGGCCUGCUUAAUUCUACUGAAUUUCUUCUACACGAUGGUAUAAGGGUGUGUUUUAGGUUUAACUUGAUAGAAUUUUGUAAGUUUAUUGUCCAAAACUAGUUAAAUGGUUCGAAAAUAUUCAUUGGUUCAAAGUUUAUAAUCAAUGUCUCAUAAUUGUGAAUCUGAAGACUUUAAAAUUAGUUAGUUGGGUUACAUUACACUAGUUUAUGUUUUUUUUUGCUUGAAUAUGUCAAACUUCACUUUUAAGUGUAGGUGGUGGUAUAAGGGUGUGAUUUGGGUUUAACUUUAUAGUAUAUUGAAACUUUUGUGUCCAAAACUAGUUAAAUGGUUCGAGGUUCAAAGUUUUCAGUCACUUUCUUAGAUUUGUGUAUCUGAAAGUCUUGAAGAUAAAUAUACUACCCAAUGUACCAUAUACACUAAGCGCUUGUGUUAAAAAGUAUUCAGUGCGGCGGAGUUUACACAUCAUUUAUUAUAAUCCGAGUUCAUUUGACAUUUUCUUGUUCUUGCUUCCACCUGUUUGCCAUUUAUUCAGUGUAAGUUCUUGUUCCUUCUCGUUGGCCCUGCUUGUACCUCUAUCCUUUCUCCAAUAGAGUCUUACCCUUUCCUCCAUUAGUAAAUCUAUUGGUAGUAUUCCAGACACUGUUAGUACUAUUCCUUGACUUCGAGAAAGUAGCUCUCGAUAUUUACUUAUGUUAUUGCUCUUAUUCGUAUGGUUGCUCCAUAGAGGAGUAUGAACUCCACAAUUCCAUAUAGGGCUUUUCUCUGUAGACCACUGGGUCCUCUAACGUUUGGCAUUAUGGUUGACAGAAUUUUUGUUCUUGUCGGCGCUUUUUUAGCUGCAUAUACAACGUAUGCACCGUCGUCCAGGACGACACCCAGGUAUUUGAUUGCUCUUGACCGGAUGAUAAUUUGGACCUCGAAGUCCGUUCUAUAGUUUCUUGGUCCUUUAAGGAUGAUAUAUUCCGUUUUGUCGGAUGCCAACAGCAGUCUGUGCUUACUUAUCCAGUUUAUCACUUGGUAUAUAGUUGUUGCUAUUCUUGUAUUUAAUACAGCUGUGCAGUUUGCUUCUACGAUGAUUGACAGAUCAUCUGCAAAUGCAAUCAUUAUUGCCACAUCCGAGUAUUCGCAUUUAAGUAGGUUAUCAUAUAGGAGGUUCCAUAACAAGGAGGCCCAGUAUCCAUCCUUGGGGCACACCAUAAUUUUCCUGUUUCCAUCAGGAUGGUCCUGAUUACAGCCUGUUUCGUCUGAAAUGCUCAGUCUUUCAUCCGCAUGUAUUGGUACCUAGGUAUCAACUUUUUUACAGGCCUGUGAAAUUUUUUAACGACAUCUCUAUAAUUUUUUUUUCAAUUGACAAAUGCACAGAACUCGAAGCCAUCUUUCAAUUUUUUAUAAGUAUUUUCUUAGGAAUCUCUGUGAUUAUGCCACGUGUUUUUAUCAAUAUUUGGAAUUAUAAAAUUUGUACUAUAAUCUCGAAUUAUUUAAAAUCAAGUGCUCAGAUAUUAUUACAGGAUUAGAUACCAAUUUUUGUUCAUUAUAAAUUACUAACAAACGAACAUUUAUUUGUAUUUAGUAGUAUUGAGAGUAAGAAAUUUGAAGCUAGAAAAUCAAUUUUUUUACUUCAAAAAAGGGAAUUUUCAAUUUAUUGUGUAGGGCGUUGUAUGAUAUUGAAAAAAAUUUUAUUGAUAUCUAACAUUCUAUUUGAUUGUAUACAUUAGCAGAACAUGUUCACAAAAUAUCUUAAAUAAGUUUUUUUCCAAUUUCGUGUCUUUCGACUGACACAUUGGCGUAGAAGGUCUUAGUCAUUGCCAUGUAUUUUGAUUAUUUAUUUUGUUGCGUCAAUUUACCUUAUUUGGCGCAAAGUACCAAUCGAUUUUUUUGUAAGGAAAAGAAAAUGUGCUUUAAGCAUUUUCAACCAAUUGUUACUACUUAAGGAAAUUUUAAAGUGAUAUUUUCUGUGAAAAUUAUAUGUAUUGUUUUUUUAAUACUAUAUUUUUGACAAA